AGUUUUCAUUGAAGGUAAUAAAAAGAAAUGUCGUCAAAGCUGGUCCUAGCUUUCUUCUCAAUUUUCUUUGUCAUAUGUCAAGUUGAGCAAGCCAAGUAUGAUAAAGCUUGUAAGAGUUGGGAUAAAGUCGUGAAAGAUUCGGAAGAGAAGAAAAAUUCAUACACCAUGUCAUGUCAAGUCGAUAAAUAUUGUAGUGGUAUGGAUUGCGAAGGAGAUUUUGGUUGGGAAUACCUUUCGUUGAUGAAAACUCAUUACAAUUAUUCGAUUGUUCAGUUACCUUGUUCGGGAAACUCAUUUAUAUUUGAUCUCAAGCUGUCUCCAUCUUCCAGUUCAAAGAUAUAUUUGAAAGGAGGAUACAUCAAUGUUGUUACGAAUUCUUCGGUUUAUAAGCCUAUUAAAGAUACUGCUACAAAGUGGAGAAUGUUUACCACUGCUCAAACUUAUCUAAGAGCUAGUGUUGAAUUAAAGCGGACAUUCGCGAUAGUAUCGAUGGAAAUUGACUUGAAACUAAAUGGAUUGUUCUUCAGUGGAAAUCUUUUCAAUGAAAUUAUAAUGCCCAAAAGCAUCUUGCCACUAUUUAAGUGUAACAAAAAUGUUCCAAUUCCAACUUUUUCAAAGGAUUCCAAAUUUAUAAUUGAUCAUGGUGGAAUACCUGAUACAGCAACUGUUUCACCAUAUUGGUUAAUUCCUCAUGACAAAUGUAUCAAUGGAGACUUGAGUCCCCAAUCAAUCUGUAAAACAAAAAAUGCCACCUGCAAACAAGAUAAUAAAUGUUACUGCGAAAAUUCCGAAUACGACUAUGUGAAUAGAGUGUGUAAAACAGAAAUAAUCGAUGGUCGAUUUCCAGAAGCUAAAAAAAGCAGUCAUAAACAAUUAAUAACUGGAAUAUGUAUUGCACUUGGCCUUGGUUCUUUAGUAUUUAUUAUUUUUGCAGUUGUCUGUUACAAAUAUCGACAAUUUGGAGCUAGAUAUUCUUCUGAUGAGGCUCUAAUUGACGAUGAUCCACCAAUCGACGCCUAAACUCUAUCGUGCACCUCUGUCUUAUUCUACCGUAGAAUUAUCAUUAUGCAGUUUAAUGAGACUCUAUUACUUCUAAUCACGGUCGGAAUUAAAAUCUUCAGAAGAAACUUUUAAAUAUUUGUGAAUUCUGAUUUUAAAAUACUCUCUGUUUUUCUAUUUUUAACUCUAAAAGCAUCAAAUGUCGAUCUAUGUUUGAAAUCGUUUCGAUAUUGCUGUGUGACUUGUAAAUAUAGAGUCAUAUUUUAGUACUCUUAAAAGAAUAACUACAUAUAUGUGGAGAAAAUAAUAAUAUGACUUAUAUUUAACCAUAUCUCUGAUAACAAAACCAGUAAAAAUGUUUAUAUGAAUAUUUUUUAUGAGAGUUA